GCCUUCAGAGCACCCUGAACGUCUGGCAUCAUUGAAUGCUGGCGUAGCAGAUGUGGAGUACGAGCAAUUUUUAAAGACAAAGGAGGUCCAGCGAGCAAUGUUCAAAGCCGAGAACAAAACAAUCGUUCAUCAGUGUGCUGACACAGACGUGAUCCAUGCGACUGAAGGUUCAAUUGCUUGCAUCGAUGGUAACCAGGCAGCAGCGCAUGUGGCCUAUGCCCUCAGCGAUUGUGCCUUCAUUUAUCCAAUCACACCCAGCUCUCCCAUGGGUGAGAUGGUAGACGAGUGGGCUGCCCAGGGUCUGAUUAAUUGCUAUGGCCAGAAGUUGAGCGUGACGGAGAUGCAGAGCGAGGCUGGCGCUGCUGGUGCGCUCCACGGCGCUUUGAAGGCAGGUGCCCUCGGGGAGCUGCUCCCUUGCGUGAUGCACGUUGCGGCGCGAGCUCUUGCUGGGCAGGCCUUGUCUAUUUUCGGGGACCACAGCGAUGUGAUGGCCUGCCGUUCGACGGGCUGGGCCAUGCUGGCCUCUGAGUCCGUGGAAAUGGUACAAUACAACGCCCUGGUAUCCCACUUGGUCUCCAUGGAGCGACGGGUGCCAGUGCAGCACUUCUUCGAUGGCUUCCGCACAAGCCACGAGGUCAACAAGGUGAAGCUUGUGGACUACAGCACCAUGAAGGACUUCAUCAACUGGGAUGCCAUCAAGGAACACCAUGACCUCGCCAUGAACCCACGCCAUCCGCAUGUGCAAGGCACCUCUCAAGGUCCUGACAUUUUCUUCCAGUGUGUAGAGGCUGGGAACUCCUUCUAUGAUGGCCUUGCGGACCUUUUCGAGGCCAAGUCUCGUUUGGUGGAAGCGAAGACAGGUGUGCACUAUGCCCUCUACGGCUACGACGGGCAUCCCGAGGCCACGCAUGUAAUUGUGGUGAUGGGCAGUGGCGCUGUGACCUGCAGUGAAACGGCGAAGUACCUGCAAGAGAAGGGGCAGAAGGUAGGCGUCUUGAAGGUCCGUCUCUUCCGGCCAUGGGACACAGCUCGUUUCAUGGCAGCCCUGCCGAAGACCACGCAGCGAAUUUGCGUGCUGGACCGCACCAAAGAGCAGGGCUCACAGGGCGAGCCGCUUUUCCUGGAGGUCUCUGCCACGCUCCAGCUGACAGCGCGGUCGGACAUUGUGUGCAUCGGUGGGCGUUACGGCCUCGGUUCCAAGGAAUUCACGCCCAACAUGGUCCUCUCCAUCUAUGAAAAUCUGGCCAAGGAGACCCCAAAACCACGCUUCACAGUGGGUAUCAACGAUGACGUCACCAACCUUUCGCUCCCUGUUGGGGAUUGGCUGGAUGUGCUACCACAAGGUACCACAGAGUGCAUGUUCUACGGCCUGGGCAGCGACGGGACGGUGGGUGCCAACAAGAGCGCUGUGAAGAUGAUCGCCAUGGGCACAGAGCUUUACGCCCAGGCAUACUUUGAAUACGACGCAAAGAAAAGUGGUGGUGUCACGAUCAGCCACUUGCGCUUCGGCCCAAAGCCGAUCCAUGCACCGUACAACGUCAGGUCUGCAAAUUACCUGGCCGUGCAUAAGUCGAGCUACGUGUCCAGCUAUGACAUGACCCGCUAUUUGAAGCCCAAUGGCGUUUGCGUCAUCAAUUGCUCGUGGACCCCGGCAGAGUUGGAGCAGCACCUGCCUGUGAAGAUGCGACGGGACCUGGCCGUGAAGCAGGCCAAGCUGUACAUCAUCGAUGCGACACAGAUCGCGGUGAAGGCGGGCCUGGGCAAGCGCAUCAACAUGAUCAUGCAAUCCGUCUUCUUCAAGCUGAGCGGUGUCAUGCCGUACGAGGAGGCCAUCGAGAUGCUCAAGAAGAGCAUCAAGAAGAUGUAUGGCAAGAAGGGUGACGCCGUGGUGAAGAUGAACAUUGAUGGUGUGGAUGCAUCGGUGACUGGUAUUAUCGAGUGCCCCAUUCCAAGCUCUUGGGCAUCGCUGGACGUGGAGGAGGAGUCAAAGGGCGCCAGCACGCAGGCCAAGGGGCCAAGGACCAUCGUGGACCUCAGCUCAGAACAAUUUGCCAAGCAAAUCCAGAGCCACUGCAACAACCUGGACGGCAACGCCCUGCCUGUCAGCACCUUCGUUCCAGGUGGCCGCGUGCCACUGGGCACCAGCCAGUAUGAGAAGAGAGGCAUUGCCAUCAACGUGCCCACUGUUGACAUGGAUAAGUGCACGCAGUGCAACAAGUGCAGCCUCAUCUGCCCUCACGCGGCUGUGCGUCCCUUCCUGGCGACGACCCAGGAGCUGAGCAAGGCCCCGCAGGACUUCCGCACAGGCAGCCGUGCUGCCAUCGGCGGCGGAGUUUUGGACAAUUUCCAGUACCGCAUCCAGGUCUCUCCUUGGGAUUGCACCGGCUGCGAGCUCUGCGUCCGCAUCUGCCCAGCUGAUGCGCUGAAGCUUAGCCCGGCUGGCCAGGUGAUCGAGAAAGAGGAACCCAACUGGAACUUUGCAGUGACCCUGCCAGAUCGCGGGGACGAGAUUGACAAGACCACUGUCAAGGGCGCCUGUGAGGGCUGCGGUGAGACGCCUCACGUGAAGCUGAUGACGCAGUUGUUCGGUGAUCGGCUGGUCAUUGCCAACGCUACGGGCUGCUCCUCUAUCUGGGGAGGCUCCAACCCAUCCUUCCCUUACACUGUCAACAGCAAGGGUGAGGGCCCUGCCUGGGCGAACUCGCUGUUUGAGGACAAUGCCGAGUUUGGCUUUGGCAUGCGCAAGGCCUUCAAGCAGCGCCGCGACUACCUGGCCAUGCAGGUGGAGGAUACACUGGGUGACAAGACAGUCGUGAUGUCGGACGAACUCCGCCAGGCGCUGCAGCAGUACCUUGUGAUGCGCAAGGAACAAAUGCACGACCUGCUGUUGCCACGCGGGCGCAGCAUUUAUCACCAGAUCAUGGAGAAGCUGGAGCCCCUGCUGCAGAAGGAGAAGGACAGCCACCCCAAGCUCAAAUACCUGCAUGCCAUGGAAGAUAUGUUCGGCCGAUCUAGCUUCUGGAUGGUCGGUGGCGACGGCUGGGCCUAUGACAUUGGCUAUGGUGGCUUGGAUCACGUCAUCGCCAGCGAGGAGCAUGUCAACAUUCUCGUGUUGGACACUGAGAUGUACAGCAACACAGGAGGUCAGGCCUCAAAGUCCACACCCAAGGGGGCAAUGGCCAAGUUCGCCGAGGGUGGCAAGCUCACACAAAAGAAGGAUUUGGGGCAGUUGGCCAUGACCUACAAGAACGUCUAUGUGGCCUCCAUUUGUGUGCACGUGAACCCACAGCAGGCCGUGAGAGCUAUGCUGGAGGCUGAUGCAUAUGCAGGACCCAGCAUCAUCCUGGCCUAUUCGCCGUGUAUCAGUCAGGGCUUCCCCAUGGCAGAGUCCAUCCAGCAUUGCCAAAUGGCAGUGGAUUCCGGCUACUGGCCGCUGUACCGUUACAACCCUGAGGCCUUGGCACACGGCAACAACCCCUUCCAGCUAGACAGCAAGAAGAUCAAGGGAGAUUUGUUCAAGUUCCUGGCCAAGGAAAACCGCUUCGCGGCUGUGAUGCGACGGGAUCCAAAGCACGCGCAGGAGUUGGACGACAAGCUGAAAGACAACCUUGUCCAGAAGAACCACCUCUUGCAGGUCCUGAACAAGGAGGAUUUGGAGGGCCAGUUCCACAAGCUUGUGGAGGGCCUCUCAGACGCCAGCUCUGCCGGCAACUCAGUCACCAUCUUGUACGGCAGCGAGACGGGCAACUCGGAGGAACAGGCCAAGAACCUGAUGCAGGACAUCAUGGCCCGGGGCCUCAAGGCCACCUGUUCAGCCAUGGACGACUUUGACUUUGAGGAGCUGCCCAACCAAAAGAUUGUGAUUUUGGUUGUCUCUACCUGCGGACUGGGCGAGUACCCCGCGAACUGCAAGCAGACAUGGAUGAAGCUCCAGUCGCAGGACUUGCCAAUGAGCUGGCUCUCUGGAACCAAGUUCGCUGUCUUUGGCUUGGGCGAUUCGACCUACUCGCAGUUCUGUGUUGCUGCCAUUGGCUUUGACACGCGCUUGGGUGAGCUUGGCGGACAGCGCCUGCUCAAGCGCGGUGUUGGCGACGACCGGGACGAGGACCGGUAUUACACGGGCUGGGAGGCCUGGCUCCCCGAGCUGUGGCAGGUGCUUGGUCUCCCGCAGCUGCCGCUGAGCCAGGAGGCUCCCGCAGCAUGCUACCGAGUUGACGUCAGCCCGGGAGCCGUGGACAAGCCUCCAGUCAGUGAUGACGACAUCAUCCCACCAGGAGCCACAAAGUUAACCCUCCUUCACAAUUCUGUGCUCACGGGCGAUGCAAAGUACGACCGCGACAUUCGGCACUACGAGUUCAAGAUAGAGGGGACCUCAGUCUCUUACAAGACAGGUGAGAGCCUGGCCAUUUGGCCUCGGAAUCCUGUAGACAAAGUCCUGGAGUUUUGCACCGACAUGGGCUUGGAUGCUGGUCAACAGCUCCGUGUUCUUCCGCUCGAGGGAGCGCGGAACUGGUGCCCCAUGGACCUCAACGUCCGCCAACUCUUCUCGCACGUCUUGGAUAUCUUUGGCAAACCCAACCGCAAGUUUUUUGAGACGCUGUCUCUCUUUGCAUCAGAUGAGAAGGAGCGGAGUCAGUUGCGCAGUGUCGUGGAGAACAGCGCCGAGGGACAAGCUCUGUACCGCGAUCUCACACAUGACUUCGCUCACCAUGCCGAUGUCCUGAGGAAGUUCAAGAGCGCACGCCCACCGAUUGAGCAGCUCCUGAACAUGAUCCCAGUCUUGAAGCCCAGAAGCUACUCAAUUGCCAGCUCCCCAUUGAUGCACCCUGACAAGAUCCAGCUCUGCGUGGUGCUGGUGGACUGGAAGGUCGAAAGCACGCAAGAGCUCCGCAUUGGUGAGUGCACAGGAUACCUACGCGGCCAGAGCCCGGGCGCCUCUAUCAUGUGUGCUGUGCGUCAGAGCGCCAUCGUGCUGCCGAAGGACCCUUGCAGCCCGGUGCUGAUGGCCGGCAUGGGCACAGGUCUUGCACCCUGGCGAGCAGUCACGCAGGAGCGUAUCUGCCAGCACAGGCAGGGCCAAAAGGUGGGCCCUUGCAUGCUCUUCUUCGGCGCACGGUAUGCCAUCGAGUAUCUCUACAAAGACGAGUUUGAAAGCUACGUCAAGGAAGGUGUCCUCUCCAUGCACACUGCUUUCUCCCGAGAGCAAGCUCGAAAGAUCUAUGUGCAGCAUCGGAUCAUGGAGGCUGGGGAGAAGGUUGCAGAGUAUAUGCUGCGCCAGAAUGGCCACUUCUACGUCUGCGGCAGCGCUCGCCAGGACAUCUACACAGCAAUGAAGGAGGUGAUGAUGGCUAGCGAGCGAGUGGGAGAGGAGGACGCCGAAGCCAUUCUGUCCAAUUUGAAGAUGGAGGGGCGAUAUACCGUGGAAGCAUGGUCCUAG